CACAAUAACUUCCGGGUCAUAUGAGUUGCCCGGAGCAAUGACAUUGUACCAAACAUUAAAUAGUCAGCGUCUUUAAACGUCUUAAACUACAUGUUUUGAAGUCAAAGUUGGGUUCCGGCGUUGCUGUCAGCAUGUCGUCGACCUCUACAGGUUUCCCGGAGGAGCAGCGGCGCACAGUAGCUCCGGCACAACUUGGUGUGGACUACAUCCCCACGAUAGACGAGAGGAGAGUGCUGAAAGAAUGCAACCAGGAGAGCUUCUUUUAUAGAUCGGUGCCCUUCUCUGUGAUCGGCAUGGCCGUCACUCAAGCCUUAGUCUCCAGAGGUAAAGUGAUUUCUGCAGAUUUAUGCUUUAGAUCUGAUCAAUCUCAAGUUGACACAGACUUGUUCAAACCUGCAGGGACUCUGUCUGCGUCGCCGAGGUUUGGAUCUCUACCUAAAGUUGCCUUCGCCGGCUUCUGUGGCUACCUGGCUGGGAAAAUGUCCUACAUGAAGACGUGUCAGGAGAAGUUCAAGCGGCUGGAGAACUCUCCUUUGGGGGAAAUCCUCAGACAGAGAUCAGGGAUGCCUCCACAUGUAUCUGGUGCCGCUCAGUCAGAGCUGAGUGACCCGGACUCUCAGUCGUUUGGUACCAUGUUCCAGGCCGCCGAGGCCCCUGGCUCCGUCUCCUCCUCCAAAGAUUACGGAUAUAGUCUGGAUCCUCCUGAGCAAAUGGGAAGGAUGGACGACUUCAGCGCUCCAGUUCAGUCGUACGUGGACGAGGAGGAGCCACAGAGGAAGUCUGUCCUCUAUGAGGACCUGAGGCUCAAAAACAGGGAGAACUACGAGGUCACGCUCAUUCAGAAAGCGGACACCAUGAUCAAAACGUCCCAGAAGGAGGAACCGGCGCGACCGAAUAAGCAGGUGAAAAAGAACGUCUACGGAGACGCCUGGGAAGAAUGAGAGCAGACUGGAACGUUUGAGGCUUUUGUUGUGUCUUUGCAGCAGGAGGAGCUGCUUCUGUUUCCGCUUGUCAUUUAGCUUUUUCAGUCUGUGUGAAUUAAAAAGAAACAGUUGGACUGAA